AGGCUAUAUCAUGACAUAACAAACAAAAACCAUACUUGCAAAGAUUAGGGUUAAAUUGUUUGCUACUAGAAAGAUGAGGAGUGUUUUGUUAGUUUGUCUAGUUCUUAUGUGGUUAUCCCAUAGGGCUAGCGCACAGCCUCAAGGGGUACAAGUGCCAUGUUUCUUCAUAUUUGGGGAUUCAUUGGUUGAUAAUGGUAACAAUAAUAGAAUUGCUACACUUGCAAGGGCUAAUUACAGGCCUUAUGGUAUUGAUUUCCCACAAGGCACCACUGGCAGGUUUACUAAUGGUCGAACCUAUGUUGAUGCAUUAGCUGAACUUCUGGGAUUUCGAGGUUUUAUUCCACCAUUUGCAAGAACAAGGGGCCCUGCAAUUCUGAGAGGAUUAAAUUAUGCAUCUGGAGCAGCCGGCAUUAGGGAUGAAACUGGAAACAAUCUGGGAGAUCAUGCAUCAAUGAACCAACAAGUAUCAAACUUUGGAAAUACAGUGCAAGAAAUGAGAAGAUAUUUUAGAAGGGAUCCAAAUUCAGUGAAUUCAUAUCUUAGCAAAUGCAUUUUCUAUUCAGGAAUGGCAAGUAAUGACUAUCUUAACAAUUAUUUCAUGCCUGAUUUCUACACUACCAGCUCUGAUUUCACUACCAAAGCUUUUGCUGCUGCUCUUCUUAAGGACUACACUCGUCAGCUCACGCAAUUGUACACUCUGGGAGCUCGGAAGGUGAUAGUAACAGCAGUAGGGCCAAUCGGGUGCAUACCGUAUGAGCUAGCAAGAUACAAUGGAAACAGCAGCAGAUGCAAUGAAAAAAUAAACAAUGCCAUUUCCAUGUUCAAUUCAGGAUUGUUGAAGAUGGUUCAGGGUUUCAAUAAUGGCCAACUUCCUGGAGCUAAAUUUGUUUAUCUUGAUUCCUAUAAAAGCAGCAAUGAUCUUUAUCUCAAUGGCUCCUCUUAUGGAUUUGAAGUAAUAGACAAAGGAUGUUGUGGAGUGGGGAGGAACAAUGGGCAGAUAACAUGUCUUCCUCUUCAGCAGCCUUGUCAAGAUAGAAGAAAAUAUUUGUUUUGGGAUGCCUUUCAUCCAACUGAACAGGCUAAUAUAUUACUUGCUAAAUCAACUUUUACUACACAAGCUUACACAUAUCCCAUUAAUAUACAACAAUUAGCAAUGUCAUGAUGAGCUAAACACAAUUAAGCAAUUGAUUAUGAUUAUCUUUUAAGACAAUAAUUUAUUUACUUCUUUGUAAUCAUUUGUUGUAAUUUCUCCAUUCCAAAUUUGUAUCACUUAAUUGAAUUCUAUUGUAUUCUGUUC